AUGCGGAGGCGGCUCCUCCUCGGCGUCGGCACCCCGGCCGUUGCAGCGCUGGCGGCCGCGGCGCCGCCGGCGGUGCUGCAGGACGGGGCGGUCACGGUGCUCAUCACUGCCGGCGCCUACUCUCUUGUGCGCGUCUUCGACGAGCUCACCGAGCGGCGGCUCAUCGAAAAGAGUUUGAGCAGGAAGGUUGUGCACGUGCUAUCCGGCGUCCUGUUCAUGUCAUCUUGGCCACUGUUCAGCAAUUCGACAGAAGCACGGUAUUUCGCUGCAGUCGUUCCAUUCUUGAACUCCAUAAGGCUUCUGACAUAUGGACUCCGUCUCUACACUGAUGAAGCUCUAGUAAAAUCAGUGACACGUGAAGGAAAACCAGAGGAAUUACUGAGAGGUCCACUCUAUUAUGUCUUGGUGCUGCUGUUCAGUGUUUUAGUCUUCUGGCGUGAGUCCCCCAUUGGGAUUGUAUCCUUGUCGAUGAUGAGUGGUGGCGAUGGGUUCGCUGACAUUGUUGGGAGAAGGUAUGGCUCAGCGAAGCUGCCAUUCAAUAAGAAGAAGAGCUGGGCCGGGAGCAUCUCUAUGUUCAUUUCUGGUUUCCUGCUGUCCGCGAUGAUGAUGUUCUACUUCUCAAGCCUGGGUUACAUUCAUGUUAUCUGGGAGGAGGCACUUGGUAAGCUGGCGCUUGUUGCACUGGCAGCAACAGUAGUGGAGUGUAUUCCUGUGACUGAAGUUGUAGAUGACAAUAUAUCUGUUCCUUUGGCCACCAUGCUGGUAGCUUUUCUCUUGUUUAGCUCCAACGCACAGUGA